GCUGAGUAGCAAAUAUUAAUACAACGGUAGGUCGGCCUUUUCUUCCUGUGGCCCUCCUUUCCGCAUCAAUCCGGGUAUCUUCUCAAACGUUCCAAUGGUAUAUGUAAUUGCGUUCAGUUUCCUCCAAAAAUAGAGGAGCCCAAGUGGUGGAAGAGCCAGGUGUUCGAAUUUAAUCAUGACUGUCACCAGAGGGCAUCGCAUAGCAGUGUGGUGUUCACCCUUCCGCAAAUCGCUUCCCCUUUUUGACGUAAAAAGUAUUAACCUCGUUUGAAAGAGUUGUGCAGCUUUGUCAUCGAGGGGGGGAGCAGAAGAGAAAAGAUAAAAAAAAAAUAAAAAAUAAGAAGUAACAAAUAAGGAAUGCCGCGUGAAAAAUAGCGUGUGAAAAAUAACGUAGGAAAAAUUACGCAUCUCAGAUAAUAUAGCUUAAUUGCAAAAUGCAUGGACGCAGAGCCAGCAGCUCGAAAGAUGAGAAAGCCAAGCUAGAAAAGGUCAAAGAAUUAAUCCCCCUUGUGAACCACUUGAUAAAAAAGAAGAAUGAAAAAAGCUACGAUAAAGAAUACAUCGAAACGACAUCCGUCAUUUUGAGGAGGUGUCCUUAUCUGCAGACUUUGUGGAAUUUCAGGAGGGAAUAUUUUGAGUCCAUGCAAAAUGGCAGCGCACCGGUUGGCGAAGUGGGGAAAGGCGACGAAGAAGCGGAUUGCCCCAAGAACCCCCUCCCUGAGGAGCUAAAAAUUUUGAUGAAAAAUGAAAACACAAUGGUUGAAGAAAUUUUGAGCAAAUUUAACAAGUGCAACGAAUUGUGGUUUCACAAAUUGUGGAUAAUAAAAUUUUGCCUAAAAAAUGAUCUAAUGGAUUUUUCUGACCUUAUGAACGAGUUAGAAUUUUGCAAAAUCGGCUUCUACAAAGAUGAUAGGAAUUACCACUGUUGGAAUUAUCGGUCCUAUAUCAUCGCAUGUGUGCAUAUAUGCGUGAAGAGGGGGAAGCAGGGGGAGGCUCACAGAGGGGAAGGCAGCAGUGACGAACGCGACCCCCCCUCCGCAGAACUUGGCAACCAAUUUGACGUCCACAAGUCCAAUUACGAGCUGUCGAAAACACUAAUUGAGAGGAAUUUUUCCAAUUUCUCCGCCUGGUUUCUGAAAUACACCAUUCGUGAAUCUUUAAUUUGCACCGAAAACGAGUUAGACUUGAUAACAAAUGCAAUUUUCACGGAUCCGUUUGAUCAAAGUCUGUGGGAAUUUUAUAGAUGGUUUCUUUUUCAAAAGGGUAAUGACAAGGAGGAGAUAUUUUUCACUCUGUUGCAAAAUAAUUGCAUUUAUUUCUUUUUCCAAAAUUUGAUUAAGGUUAACUUAUCCAAAUCAAAGUGUUACGAUGAUAAUGGAAGGGAGAUAACUGGAGAGUGGGGCCAGCAUUUGGUAGCUCUGAACAACCCGCAAGACAGUUUCGAAUCCUACGUAUACUGUUUCAAACUCACUGAUGAGCAUAUCCUUUUGAAUGGCCAGCCUACUUAUUUAAAAUUUUGCAUAUUUUAUUAUAAGUAUAAUCUUUACGAACCAGAGGAGGUACAUUACGAAAAAAAUGUCCUGAGCGAUCUGAUGGUGUGCCACGACUAUUUGGUUGAAGAGGACAAGUAUGAGCACAACUUUGUGUACCUGAUCGAUUUCCGGAAGUUUUCCCAAAAUGAACAUUUCAAAAUAUUGCUAGAUUAUGAUAGACAUAGGGGAGCAGACCCUAAAAUGGACUCAAAUUCUAGUUGCGUUAGCCCCUUCACUCCGCUAUAUAAAUAUAUCAAUCGCUCCAACAUACUGUUGAACACAGCCAAGCACAUAAAUUUUGCUUCAUUAAUUUUGGAGCUUGAGAAAAUAAAUGAACUACUACUUUUGGAGAGCAAUUGCAAGUUCGCCUUAUUUACCAAGUUCGAAAUGCUAAGAAGGCUGGAACAGUUCGACGAACUCUUCCACCUACUUGAGUUGCUAAAGCAAGUGGACAGCAUCCGGGUGGAGUACUACAAAGACUUGGAGACGGAGCUGCGGAUACAGUAA